AUGGCGAGGGGAAGAGGCAGAGGACGUGGAAGUGGUCGGAAAAUGUCAAUUACGAUUGAUGGUAGCUCAACUGAAGCUUGUAUGGAAGCAUUAGGAAUACAAGAGCAUGUACCAGCUCAAAGAGAAGAAACAAGUUCUGAAGCUGAGGAUGCUAGAAACACCACAGUAGUUAGAAAACUGAGCUUAGAUCCACUAGGAAUUGAGGAGGAAGUGUUUGGGAACUCAGAUCUAAAAGGGUUUGAAGAUGAAAGUAACAUAGAUGGUAAUGGAACAGUAACAAGGAACUUAGCUGAGAAGAUAAGUGAAGAAGAAGGAAACAUGAAUGAUAAUGAACAGGAGAAGAAGACUAAUGAGCCAUGGGUUAACAUGUUUAAGAACAAUCGUGUAGCUAGCAAUGGAAUGCAACUAACCUACUUUCCUCCACAGGUUGUUUAUGGCCAAACAAUGGUGCAGUUGGAGGAGAAAGAGGUACAAGAAGAAGAAAAGAAAUGGAAGUGUGCUCUCAUUGCAUAUGUGGUUGGUGAAUGCUCUGGGUAUAACACUAUGAAGAGAUAUAUAAUGAUGAACUGGUCGAGUGUGAGCAAACCUGAGGUUUUUCUUCAUGAGGAUGGAUAUUACUUAAUCAAAUUUCAGAAGAUUAGUGACAUGAAUGAGAUUUUGUUCUCAGGGCCAUAUACUAUCAACAAUCGACCAAUCAUUCUGAAACAGUGGUGUCCUGAGUUUGAUCUAGGAAGUGAAUUCUUAACAGAGAUUCCAUUAUGGGUGAACUUCCCAAAAUUGCCUCUAAACUGCUGGGGUGUGGGAUCGUUGAGUAGGAUUGCAAGUGCUAUAGGAGUUCCCCUUUUUGCUGAUGAAUGUACCACUAAGCAAACUAGAAUAUCAUAUGCUAGAAUGCUUGUUGAAGUGAAUGUUACAAAAGCUAUACCUCAGAAGAUAACAGUAGUGGAUCCAAAUGGGAAGACCUUUAUGCAAGAUGUUGAGCUAGAAUGGAGGCCUCAAUACUGUGAUAAGUGCCAGAAGAUAGGGCAUGUGUGUAAGAUGGAACAAGCAGCAAAAGAAGAGAUGCCAAAGAGAAGAAGGCCUUGGAAAAAAGUAACUCAAACCUGGCAAUAUAAAGUCCCAAUUUCACAAUCAAUUGAGCAAGAAAAGGUGGAGGAACAAAGGCAAGAGAUCAAUAUUAGGCCACAGGAAGAACAACAGGAGAAGGAACAGGAGAUAGUACAGAAGUUAGACCAACAAACACCAAAGAAUGAUAAACAGACUAAUGUAGAUGGACAGCUGGACCUGAGUUUGGCUAAUUUUCCUAUGCUGAAAGCUAUACCAACAAGGAAUGGCUUUGAGAGCCUCAUGCAUAAUAAAAUGACUUCACUUACUGUUGAUAGAGGGUUAAUUGAAACAAGAGUUAAGGAGAAAAAUAUGAAAACAGUUCUUAAAGGGAUAGUGCCUGGGUGGAAGGUUAAUGAGAGAAGCAAAGAUUAUCAGUUUAUAGUAACUGUAGUGUAUGGUUUUAAUACAGUGGAACAGAGAAAAAGUUUAUGGCAGGAAAUGAAGACAAUGUCAAAAGGUGUUACUCAGCCUUGGCUCAUUGCAGGAGAUUUUAAUGCUAUUCUCUCUACUAAGGAUAGGUUAGAUGGAGGGCCUGUUACUAAGAAUGAAAUACAAGACUUUGGUGAUUGUGUGAGAGAUAUGGAGAUUACUGAAUUGCAGUGGAAAGGGAACUACUAUACCUGGAAUAAUAAACAGUGUGGAGAAGAAAAAAUAUCAAGUAGAAUUGAUAGAGCAUUUGGGAAUGAUGAAUGGAUGGAUAAAUGGGGACAUGUCAUUACUGAGUAUGGGAAUCCAAAUAUAUCUGAUCAUAUCCCUAUGAUGAUAGUAUUACAAAAAACUCACCAGUAUGGAAAAGUCAAUUUUAAAUUCUUUAAUAUAUGGACUGAGCAUGAAAGUUUCAUGGAUAAGGUGGAUGAAGUAUGGAGAAAAGACUAUGGGAAUAGCAAAAUGAAACAAGUGCGGUGGAAAUUGAAGAACCUUCAGCCAGUUUUAACUCAGUUGAAUAAAAAAGAGUUUAAAUAUAUUGGGAAGCAGAUUGAGAUGGCUAGAGUGGAAAUUGCAAAUGUCCAAGAUCAACUAAAAGAGAAGGCUACUGAUGAGCUAGUUGGGAUGGAAAAAGAGUUAUUAAUCAAGCUGGAAAAAUGGUCUUUGAUAGAAGAAAGUGCUUUGAGGCAGAAAGCAAGGAUAAAAUGGAUUCAAUUAGGGGAUGCCAACAAUAAGUUCUUCAGCUCAAUUAUAAAGGAGAGAACUCAAAAGAAACAAAUAAGGAAUAUUAUGCCUUUGAAGGGUAAGAUGCUAUAUGCUAAGAAUGAUAUUCAGGAGGAGUUUGUGAGCUUUUACAAUAGUCUUAUGGGAACUUAA